AUCCUCAGUAGUGUUAUAUAUGUUUGAACAAAAUAACAGUAUAAAUGUUACUGGAUCUCAAACUUCUUCCUCUUCAGGGCCUCACUUGAGGCUUUGAUUAAAGCUGUUGAAAGCAGUAACCAUGAGAAAAGGUAAAGGCAAGGGAAAGAAAGAAAAGAGUGAUGGAGAACGAGAGGAAACGGAGAAUCACACACUCAAACAUGAAGAACUGGACCAAAAACUCAAAGACGACUCAAACAUGGCGGCGCCCUCGACGGCAUCCAGGAAGCAAUGGGCUGUUAUCUCAAGCUUGUAUUCUCGUCAGCAGGGACUGCUUAAUCCUGCCAACUUUGCCAAAGAAGCUUGCGCGUCGACCACGUUCGUAAGCAGGCUAAAACAACACAAGACACUAACACAUCACAAUGGAUGUGUGAACACACUACACUUCAAUGAUUCGGGCGAUCUUUUAGCUUCUGGAAGUGACGAUCUGGAUGUCGUUAUUUGGGAUUGGGCUAAGAGCAGAAAAGUCGUUAAUUAUGAUAGUGGACACUCAAGUAAUGUUUUCCAGGCAAAAUUUAUGCCUUAUUCCAACGAUUCCACGCUUGUCACAUGUGCGAGAGAUGGACAGGUGAGAGUUGGAAUAGUACCAUCCACUGGCACUGUGAAUGAAACAAGACAGUUGGCACAACACAGGGGAGCUGCUCACAAGCUAAGCAUUGAACCAGGCUCUCCAUGGCUGUUCCUCACAUGCGGAGAGGAUGGUCUCAUAUAUCAGCUGGAUCUCAGGGAGGAUAGGGCAAAGAAGUUAUUUUGUUGCCGAGCAGAUGAACACAAAAAAGUCCCUUUGUAUACCAUCUUCAUCAAUCCUUCUAAUGUCUUUGAAUUUGCUGUUGGAGGCAGGGAUCAGUAUGCUAGAAUAUAUGACAGGAGAAAAGCACCUCAGGACCACAAGAGUUAUAUUGAACCAGUCAAAUCCUACUGUCCACACCAUUUGAAAGAGAAUAAUAGCUUUUUUGCCAAUAUAACUUGUCUAGUAUACUCCCAUGAUGGAUCAGAACUUCUAGUUAGUUACAAUGAUGAAGACAUUUAUCUAUUUGAUUCAUACUCUAGUAGUGGUGCUGAAUAUAUAAAGAAAUAUAAAGGACAUAGAAACAAUGCAACUGUAAAAGGAGUGAAUUUUUUUGGCCCAAGAAGUGAGUUUGUUGUCAGUGGAAGUGAUUGUGGUAAUGUUUUCUUGUGGGAUAAAGAAACACAAGACAUUGUACAGUACAUGAAGGGAGAUGAAACUGGAGUGGUCAAUUGUUUGGAGCCGCACCCUUCAGCUUUGUUUUUGGCCACCAGUGGUCUGGACCAUGACGUCAAGAUUUGGGCUCCCCUAGCAAAAGAACCCAAUGACUUGAGUGGACUUCAGAAGCUUAUUGACAGUAAUAAAGAUGACCGCGAGGAUGAUAGGCUAAGACCUCAUGAUCCUAUAAGUGAACAUCUAAUAUAUCUGAUGAUGCAUCACGUUCAUCAGAGACUUAGGGAAAGAAGAGGUGCUAGAGAAGAUGACAGUGAUAGUCCUGAACUGAGUGAUAAUGAGGAGGAAGAUGAUGACGAUGAUGAUUUACCAGGAAGAGUUGAGUGCAGUUCUUCUUAAAGAAGACUCUUCAAUACACUUUAUUUCAUUUUGUAAAAUAGUAAUAUAAUAAUAUAAUUUUGCAUUUCUAGCAGGGUAAAUGUAUUAUUUAACUUCACUAGCGUGAUGUAGUCAGCCUGCAAAAACAUUUAUGGACUAAGAAACCCUUUAGACCUUCCAUUUUGAAGUGGUUAAAAAAAUCAACUGAGCAAGCACUAGUGCCUCCCAUUCUUAGGGACCGAGAUGCACUGUGGUGAGAAAGCCUCUGCAAUGAUCAGGAUCAAAGGCAACCUCAUACCCUGAGUCUUUUGGUACCUUCCUGUGCCUGGGAUAGCAGGUGUGAGAUUGGAGCAGAGGUUUAACCUUUUCACUACUAGAAGUUAAAAGGGUCCAACACAGGCUCUUCCAGGAACAUAAUUAGGGUGUUUUUUUAUUUCUCAAUAUCAAAAUGAAAAAUAUAUGUCUUAGGUGAUGGGUAAUUGAAAAGCAAAAAUUUCUUUCCGCUGGCCACUUUUGGCCACUCCUCUAGAAAAAAUGUAGCAUUUCCGGUUGGCCGCUUUUGGCUUCUCUAGUAGUGAAAGGGUUAAUUUAGGGCCUAGCUAACUACACUGAGGGGAAGGCAGUUUUACACUGUCAUGGCAUGUCUCCUUGCAAUUUCAAAUUAUUGGGGUGAGAAAGUCUGUGCCACCCAACCCCUGCAUGGCCCCAGUAUUGCCACUAAUAUCAAAUUUAAAUAAAUAAAUAAGGCACAGUAGCUGUGUUGCAGUUUAUCUAACUAAGGCUAUCUUCGAUAGAGGUUUCGCACCAUCAUGUGACGGCAGCCAUGUUAGAUGGUAGGAUUAAUACAAAUGUUUUACAUGAGAAAGAACUCAAUUCCCAAGAGCAAAGGGAUUUUAUUGUUCUGUCAUCUAACCACAGGCAGUCCAAGCUGUAUUAUGGGCACCAACACGUGAUGGUGCAAAAUCUCUAUUGUUGUCAAGUCAAGUUAAUAUCAUAUCUGAAGACUAAUCAUAAGGCAGAAAAAGCUGGUGCAAAAUAGAUUUGAUGUUAUCAACUAAAAUUUGUUGAUUUGAACACAAGGAAAACUUUGUCUAGGUAGAUUUAUACWGGCCUAUUUGGCAGUCAAAAAACGAUGUUGUGAAAGAAACCAUUGAUAUUUCACUGCACACUGAUAAGAAACAUGGCUAAUGUUGUAUUCCAAAAAUAUGUUGUGUUCAUUUUUGCACACUAGUAAUGCGUCAUGUACGUCAUCAUCAAUUGUCAUCAAGUGCUCGUGCAUGCGCAAACUCAAAAUUGAAUAGUUGUGCAGUAACCCUAAAAAGCACUAUAAUCAUAAUAAUAUUUCAUGACAUGGCAUAGAAUGGAGGUCAUGGUGUCAAACUUGGCCUUUCACCUGUGUCAGCCACUCCAAACUACACAUGCAAACUACAGUGGUACCUCUAUUAAGCGGCCACAACUCUAUAUGGCAGCCACUUUUCAAAGUCCCAAAAUAUUUGUCACUCAAGUACUGUAUUUAACACCUCUAUUAAGCGGCCGCGCCACUAUUUACAAGUCCCAAAUGCUAUUAUUACCUCUAUUAAGUGGCCACAAAAUUAUAUUAAUGAUUGUGACAAUUGAUUACAACAGGAAAUUCUUUAAUCUGCACAAUCAAUAAUAGCAUUAUCUCGCCAUUAUUUGGUUAUCUGGUGAGUUUAAUGACUUUUCUUGUACUAUCUCCAUUUAAGUGGCCAGCCUCUAUUGAGCGGCCACUUGGCUCGGUCCCGAGGGUGGCCGCUUAAUAGAGGUACCACUGUACUAUCACAGCCAACAUGAUUGCCACAUGAGAAAGGCCUAAAAUGCCUUGCAACCCAGUUUGUGAGAUGACAUGCAUUCCUCAAUGCAAUAAAUCCUAUUUUUAUACUGAGUUAUAAAGUGUGUAAAUUAUAUGCUACUCAUCUAUCCAUUCAGCUUAUCCCAUUAGCCAAUGGGUUAAGAUAUGUCAUGUUUAGGGUAACAAGGCUGUCAUAAUAUGCUAUCUGCAUCAGACAAAAAUACUAAAUAAAUUAAACAAUAUUAUUAUUAAAAUAAUAAUUUAUUUAGCUAUUUACAUAUAACAGGAACAUAUUUCAAGCUUAUAAAAGCAUCUUAUAAAAGCAUAGCACUCCUGAAUGUAAUUAACUUGGUAAGGUUUUGUGUUUUGUCAGAUGCAGUCAUUACAAAUAGAUAUUAUAUAGCUCCAAAUGCAGCAUUUCUUUUUUCUACCUGUAACGUAGAGGGAAACUUGGCAGAAAACCAUUAUAUCUGCAGGAAACUUCAUAAAAUAUAUAUUUUACCAAUG